CGCCUUCCCUCGCGCUCCCCAAAACCUUCGGUCCUCCUGCUCUUUUUUUCUCCCUUCCCUCAUCCGCAUCCCUCUCUUCUCCAUCACACAAAUUCCCAUCUUCAACCUCCCCCAACGCAACAACAGUCUUCUUUUUCGGUUUACUCCAGAAAAAGGAACUCUACCUCCUGCGUUUUCUCCCCACGAUCUUUCUUUCUGCCUUUUGACACUUCGCUUCAGCGAAGAUAAUCAACGACAAUCAAGCACUCGCGCACUCUCAGCACCUAGAAAUAUGUCCUACGGCGGCGGCUACGGCGGCGGCGGAUACGGUGGCGGCGGUCGCGGUGGCGGCGGUGGCUACGGCGGUGGUCGCGAUCGCAGCGACAGAGGUGGUCGCGAUGGCGGCUACGGCGGCGGUGGUUACAACGGUGACAGCAACGGCUACGGUGGUGGCGGUGGCUACGGCGGUGGUUUCGGCGGCGGUGGUGGUGACCGCAUGAGCAACCUCGGCGCCGGCCUUCGCACUCAAGAAUGGGAUCCCAGCACGAUGCCCAAGUUCGAGAAGUCUUUCUACAAGGAGCACGAGGAGGUCGCGAACCGCAGCCCUGCUGAGGUGGAAUCCUUCCGUCGCAAGCACCAGAUGGCCGUCUCUGGCAACGAUGUCCCCAAGCCCGUUGAGACCUUCGACGAGGCUGGAUUCCCCAGAUAUGUCAUGGACGAGGUCAAGGCGCAGGGUUUCCCUGCCCCUACCGCCAUUCAGUCCCAGGGCUGGCCCAUGGCCCUGUCCGGUCGUGACGUCGUCGGUAUUGCCGAGACGGGCUCCGGAAAGACCCUGACCUACUGCCUGCCUGCCAUUGUUCACAUCAACGCCCAGCCCCUGCUGGCUCCCGGCGACGGCCCUAUUGUCCUGAUCCUCGCACCCACCCGUGAGCUCGCGGUCCAGAUUCAGCAGGAGAUUUCCAAGUUUGGCAAGUCUUCCCGCAUCCGCAACACCUGCGUCUACGGUGGUGUCCCCAAGGGUCCCCAGAUCCGUGACCUCUCUCGCGGUGUCGAGGUCUGCAUCGCAACCCCCGGACGUCUCAUCGACAUGCUCGAGGCUGGCAAGACCAACCUGCGUAGAGUCACUUACUUGGUUCUCGACGAGGCUGAUCGUAUGCUGGACAUGGGUUUCGAGCCCCAAAUUCGCAAGAUCAUUGGCCAGAUUCGCCCUGAUCGUCAGACCCUCAUGUGGUCUGCCACUUGGCCUAAGGAGGUCCGCGCCCUUGCGUCCGACUUCCUUACCGACUUCAUCCAGGUCAACAUCGGCUCCAUGGAGCUGGCUGCCAACCAUCGUAUUACCCAAAUCGUCGAGGUUGUCAACGAAAGUGAGAAGCGUGAUCGCAUGAUCAAGCACCUUGAGAAGAUGAUGGACAACAAGGAGAACAAAGUUCUCAUCUUUGUCGGCACCAAGCGUGUCGCUGACGAGAUCACCCGGUUCCUUCGCCAGGACGGAUGGCCCGCGCUUUCCAUCCACGGUGACAAGCAGCAAAACGAGCGUGAUUGGGUCUUGGACCAGUUCAAGACGGGCAAGAGCCCUAUCAUGGUCGCUACCGACGUCGCGUCGCGUGGUAUUGAUGUUCGUAACAUUACUCACGUGCUGAACUACGACUACCCCAACAACUCGGAGGAUUAUAUUCAUCGUAUCGGCCGUACUGGUCGUGCUGGUGCAAUGGGUACUGCCGUUACCUUCUUCACCACGGACAACUCCAAGCAGGCUCGGGAUCUUGUCAAUGUCCUCAGGGAAGCUAAGCAGGAGAUUGAUCCUCGUCUCGCUGAGAUGACCCGCUACGGCGGCGGUGGCGGCGGUGGCCGCUAUGGUGGCUGGGGCCGUGGCCGUGGUGGUGGCCGUGGCGGCGGUGGUGGCCGUGGUGCCCGACGCUGGUAAGAAACCUGCCAUUUGGACCACUCCAAACGGCGAGGUUGUUCAUCAUCCAUGAGGCGGCAAUUUGCGCAAUUCAUCAUGCAAAAUCGGCGUUCACGUAGACAGAAGGGUUUAGAUUCGACGCGCCCGGGAUCCACCGAUACGGUAUAUUCUUCCAGUCUGGUAUUUUUCCACGACUCUCUUUUUUUUUUCUUUUUUCUUUUUCCCUUGUGUUUUUCCUAUCUACCCAUAUCGGAUUUGGGACUGUGCGCAAUAUUUUCUCAGGCAUGGCCAAACGUGGAACAGGCUCAACAAAAGUUUAGGGGGAAACGAGGACGACACGAUGAAUGGUGUCGGGGACAGCAUUAGAGAGACCGUUGGGUCCAGUUACUUACUCGACAGGCGAUGACGGCAUUUGAUAGAUGACUGUGUAUACCAGGCACUGCCCUGUCGAGGGUGGCGGUAGUAAUAGGCCAAUUACCUUACGAUGUUAUUGCA